AUAAAAAAAAUUAUUACACAGGGACACUUGUCAGCCUCAAACUGAGCGCCCUGUGUAACUACAUUAACCUUUUUUUUGAGGGAAAACUACAUUAACCUUAACAUUAAUGUUGUCAUUAGUUAAUGACUUAAUUUAGGCAAAUGUUUCCAAUCUUCAGAGUAACCAUCUACUUGACAUCCUACAAGAGAACCCAUUUCAUAAACCGUUCAUUUCAAACAUCCUCGGAGUCGGAUUCUUACAUGAAAUGCAUCGAAAAGUACGCCAAAAAUCAAUCAUUGUUACAGGGCAAAGCGUUACAUGCUCAUUUGAUCAUCAAUGGGUUAGCUUGUUUGAGCCAUGUUUCUUCCAAGCUCAUUCCAAUGUACGUCGAGUGUGGGGAAUUGAGUAUUGCACGGCAAGUGUUCGAUGAAAUUUCCAAGUCGAACUAUCGCCGAUGGAUAGCCCUUACUGGAGCGUAUGCCAAAUGUGGGUUUUACAGGCAAGCUUUGGACAUUUUAUGGGAAAUGCUUGCAGAAGGAGUAAAACCCAACAAUUUUGUCCUUCCUAGUGCGCUUAAAGCUUGUGGACAUCUGUUUGAAUGGCAGACUGGACAGGAGAUACAUGGUUUCAGUUUGAGAAGUUCGUUUGGAUGUGAUGUGUAUGUUGGUAGUGCCCUCAUUGAUAUGUACUCGAAAUGUGGCUUUGUUGGGAAAGCAAGGAAGGUUUACGAUAACAUGAUUGACAAGGAUUUGGUUUGUGUGAAUGUUAUGAUUGCUGGGUAUGUGCAUGCAGGGAUGGUGAAAGAGGCGUUGGGUUUAGUAGAGGAUAUGCAAGUGAUGAAACUGAGGCCUAAUGUGGUAACAUGGAAUACUUUAAUUGCAGGAUUUUCGCAAGCAGGGGAUAGUUUAAUGGUAGACGAGCUUUUCCAAGUGAUGCGCAAUAAUAAGAUUGAGCCUGAUGUGGUGUCAUGGACUUCAAUCAUAUCUGGGUUAGUGAAGAAUUUCAAAAAUGACGAAGCCUUUGUAACAUUCCGAAAAAUGAUGGCUUAUGGGUGUUUCCCUAAUACGAAUACAGUCAGCAGUCUGCUGUCUGCUUGUGCUAAUGUAGCAAAUGUGACAUGGGGGAAGGAGAUACAUGGUUUUGCAUUGGUGUGUGGACUUGAGCAGGAUAUAUACGUGCAGAGCGCUGUUAUAGAUAUGUAUGCUAAAUGUGGGUGUAUAUCCCAAGCAGCAACGUUGUUUCAUAAGAUGAUUAGAAGGAAUACCCCUACAUGGAACUCGAUGAUCUUUGGAUAUGCUAACCAUGGUUACUGCAAGGAAGCAAUAGAGCUUUUCAAGAGGAUGGAAAUGGAGGAGGCAGAAAAGCUUGAUCACUUGACACUCACUGCCGUUCUAACAGCAUGUAGUCACGGUGGGAUGAUGGAGUACGGAAGAACCCUCUUCAAAUCAAUGCAAGAGAAGUAUAACAUUAAGCCAAGACUUGAGCACUACGCAUGUAUGGUAGAUUUACUUGGCCGAGCAGGAAAAUUAGCCGAGGCUUAUGAUUUAGUCAAAGCAAUGCCAAUUCCACCUGAUUUGUUCGUGUGGGGAGCAUUAUUAGGGGCCUGCAAGAAGCAUGACAACAUAGAGCUUGCCGAAGUAGCAGCAAAACACUUGUCUGAACUCGAACCUCAGGGUCCCGGGACAAGUUUAUUGUCAAAUUUAUAUGCAGGAGCAGGAAGCUGGGGAAAUGCUGCCAGACUGAAGAAGUUGAUGAAGAUGAAGAAGAAGAAGAAGAAAUCGAACAGCUUCCCAGGGCGCAGUUGGAUAGAGACUGCUUGAUAAUUGAUAUACAUGAGCUUCAAUUUGUAAGUUUUAGUUUUUGUACGUAAUACAUCAUCAUCCCCUUUGACAACCCAAAAGGCCACUCUAUCCAAUUAGAA